CAAUAAUUUAAGGAAAAUUAACCCUUGUAUUUGACGUCAAAUGAACUAAGAUGAUGAACAUAACAGACAAACUAACUACCGUUAAGAGUUGAACCAAGUCUUUGGUCUUCAUUUUCAUAAUGUUCUCUUCUUUCACACUUCAAAAAAAACAAUAAAAGAAACUCCAGAUGAGUGUGAAUGAAAAAACAUUAAUCAUAGAAGUGUCCACUGAACAGCAAUCAAUUACAACCACAGAUGACAGUAUGGGAGACUCAGAAUAUUCAUCUCCUCAAGAACAACUCUCAGAGUUUAUAGAGAAACUGAGCUCAAUUCUCACUGAAUUGAAAGAUGAUAAAAGGGUUAUUAUGGUCAGUAAUCCUCAAAUUCAGAAAGCAGUCGAAUCACUUGAAGCCGAUUUUCGACGUGCCAAGGCCUUGGUGAAAAGUAGUUCAAUCUCCCCUGCACAUGAUGAGCACACUGAACAAGUAAUUCAGAAUCUUGCAAGGGCUUUAGGCCUUGUGCUCUUUGCUAGUCAUGAUGUCGUCGAAAUUACUAAAAAGGCAGAGAUUGAGGCACUGAGAAGAGAGAUGAUGAUGAAGAUGAGUAUUGUUAAUAAGCCUAAUUUGAUCAUGAGCUCAGAUGAAUCCGACUUCUCAUCAUAUGAUAAUCGAGGGUUAGUGGAUGAAGACGACAGAAUAACACUAGAUAUCGAUGGGAUAGUGGAAGAAGACGAUGGAAUAACUCUAGAUGUCGAUGAUGUUGUCGUUCAAAUCAAGUAUGGUGAUGAUCAACUUCUUAAAUGUGCACUUCAUGGAUUAAAUUCAUUGGUUUUGGAUCAUAUGAUUACUAAAGAAAGGGUUCAUCAUGAAGAUGUGAUCCCUGCUCUGUUUAAUCGAUUGAGUUCAAGUAAAACAGACCAUAGAUUGAUUAUACUCCGAAUACUACAAGCCCUGGUCGCUCAAGAUGAUGAACAUAAGGAAAAGAUGGCGGAAAUGGGGAAUUUAUUGAUACUUGUGAAGUCGUUGGGUCGUGAUUUGGAAGAGCAAAAAGAAGCAGUGGGGCUGUUGGUGAGUCUCUCAGAUGUGGCUGCAGUUAGAAGAAGACUUGGGAGAAUUCAAGGCUGCAUUGUCAUGUUGGUUGCAAUUUUUAAUGGGGAUGAUCAAAUGGCUUCUCAUGAUGCUGUCAACUUGCUAAAUUCUCUAUCAGGCAAUACCCAAUAUGCUCUUCAUAUGGCUGAGGCUGGCUAUUUCAAGCCUCUUGUACACUACUUGAACCAAGGCUCUGACAUGAGCAAGAUUCUAAUGGCAACAGCACUUUCAAGAAUGGAACUCACAGAUCAAAACAGGGCUAACCUUGGACAAGAUGGAGCCGUUGAACUCCUAGUCAAAAUGUUCACCACCGGAAACCUAGAAGCUAAGCAAUCGUCUCUAAACGCGUUGCACAACUUAUCUUCCUCGAAAGCAAACGUUCAAUGUCUGAUAAAAUCGGGCAUCGUUGCAACUCUGCUACAGCUUCUUUUUUCCGUGACAUCGGUGCUCAUGACUCUAAGAGAGCCAGCAUCCGCGAUUCUUGCAAAAAUAGCAGCUCAAUCGGAAGCUGGCAUAGUACUAGUGAAACAAGAUGUUGCUCAGCAGAUGAUUUCGCUCCUUCACCUGACUAGUCCGGUAAUCCAGUGUCACUUGUUAGAAGCACUUAAUUCCAUCGCUGCACGUUCAAAUGCCUCAAAGGUCAGAAGAAAAAUGAAGGAAAAUGGCGCUGUUCGCCUUCUCUUACCAUUCCUAACAGAAAGCCGGAAUACCAAGAUCAGAAACGGAGCUUUAAAUUUGAUUUAUGUAUUGUCUAAUGAUAUGCAAGGUGGGGAGCUAAUGGAACAGCUAGAAGAAAUGCAUCUAAAUACAUUGAUCAACGUUGUAUCAUCAUCAUCCACGACGGAUGAUGAAAAGGCUGCUGCUGUUGGCAUACUAAGCAACUUCCCAGUGAGUGAUAAGAAUGUCACGGAUACGUUUAUGAGGGCAAACCUAUUACCCAUUUUGGUUUCCAUAUUGACAACAAUUACUCCUACAACACCACGAUUACUAUCUGAGAACAUCGCUGCAGUACUAAUCCGUUUCACUCUUCCUUCGGAUAAGAAACUGCAACAGUUCUCUGCUGAAAAUGGGGUGAUCAAUGUACUGGUAAAGUUGCUCACGUGUGGUUCAAUAGUUGCCAAAUGUAGAGCUGCAACAUCACUAGCUCAACUAUCUCAAAACUCACUCGCUCUAAGAAAAUCGAGAAAAUCAAGAUGGUUUUCAUGUGCCCCUCCUCAUCCUACAGAUGCAUUUUGUCAAGUACAUGAUGGACAUUGCUCUCCAAGAAGCACAUUUUGCUUGGUAAAAGCAGGGGCAGUGCCUCCAUUAGUCCAAAUAUUCCAAGGCAACGAAAGGGAAGCCGACGAGGCUUCCCUAAGUUGCCUUGCAACAUUGUUACAGGACGAGAUUUGGGAAAAUGGGAGUAAUUUGUUAGUGAAAAUGUCAUGUGUACAACCAAUUAUCAAGAUUCUUGAAGAAGGGAUGAGCCUAAAAGCUCAAGAAAAAGCACUUUGGAUUUUGGAAAGGAUUUUUAGAGUGGAGGCUCAUAGAGUAGAGUAUGGUGAAUAUGCACAAGUGGUGUUAAUUGAUCUAGCACAAAAUGGUGACUCAUUGUUGAAACCUACAGUGGCUAAAUUAUUAGCACAACUUGAGCUCUUGCAACCUCAAUCAAGUUAUUUUUGAGACAUCAUGUUAAUGAGCAAAAAGCUCUUCUUUUUCUUUUUGUAUACUUGUUCAAUUAUUUGUUGAUUGAUUGAAAUCUUGAAUUUUGUAUAGUGCGUGCUCAUACAGAUAAUCUUUUUGAGGUGCAAAUUUUCUCUCAUUGCACAAAUUACAAUGAAAAGGUUUAUUGGAGAUGAAUGGAACUUUUUGUCCUCAGAAG